AUGGGAGUGUUCUAUAGAGCGAGUUCGGAGCCGUUGAACGGUGAAGUGUUUGACGAACUGGAGAGGAGGUUGGAGGCGGCGAUUCAGGCGAUUGAGAGAGAGUCGGAGCGGGAGAACAGCGAGUGGUUACAGUUGUUGCAGAUUUUUACGGAUCUUAAACAGCAGGCGGAAGAAGAUCAGCAUUACGAAGAGGCGUUUGAGCAGACCUUGUCUUCCAUUCUGGCAUUUGACGAGGACCAGCCCCAGAGGAAAGGGGGUAAGACAGCUGCGAAGCGGGACUGCGCCGCAGACUACGUCACGGAGCCGCUACCCCAGUGGGGCUCCAGUCCCAAGCUCGGAGACCGAAUCUCCUCCUUCUCCACGCUCGCGGGCACGACCACCUCCGUCUUCAGCGACAUGGUCUCCUUCUUCUCGCCCACGAAACAAAACGCAGGAACGCAAGCUAGAUCAUGCUUUAGCGUCCAGCAACCCCCUUUCAGCGAAGACGCGCCCGAGAUAGUAAGCGCGCUUGAGUUGACCACAACAGUCAAACGUCAGGAACAAGCUACCGUCAAGUUCCUCAAUACCCAACUCUCUUGCGCGAUAGAAACAGUCCGAAUUAAAGAACUCCUGUGGGCUCUGCCACCAGCCUUCCCCGCCCACUAG